AAAGGGGCCUUCUGGAACAUUGAGGGGGUUACAAAGGCAUGGUUCUCUUGGAGAAAGUCUGAGGGCAUCAGGUGAUCACAGUAGCUGUGCCAACCAUGGAAGUGCAUAGGGGUUCAGUAGCUUUAAAGCAGCAACUUGGAAGAGCAUACUUGUUUUCCUUCCUGGAUGAGACUGUCCUACUUUCAAUUCUCUAAGCUAAACGCACAGUGGAUGGUUGCCUGGGUGACAGCCUGUAAACUAAGCAGUCUCUUUGCAGCUAACUAAAGACUUUGUGCAUGCAGGAGCAGCUUAAUUAAAGAAAAAAUUUAAAAAGAAAAAUUAUUUGGGCUGUGCAACACUGUAAAGUCAUUAAAGAAAAAAAAAUCUGAAUCUCUGCUGUUUUUAAAUGGAUUCCUAGUUGAAGUGUGGGUUACAGCUGUCCCCGAAAUCAGUGCCACAAUGAAUUAGGACGAUGUUGGCUUCUGUUUGGCUCGGUGUUUCUUCAACUGUGUACCACCUCCCUCAGCAAAACACAGCACAGGCAAUCAUGUGGAACUGGCAAGAUGAAUAAAAAUAAACUGAUCCAUGAUUUCCUAGAAGUAGUUUCAAGAGGUGAUGCGGAACUCAUCUGUGACUAUAUUACUAAAGUCCAGUCCAUCCUCGGAAACCUUGACUUUCAGCACCCAAAGACGGGGAAUACACCUCUCAUUACUGCAGCAGAGGAAAAUCUAACAGAGGUUGUUGGAUUUCUUCUGGAAAAGGGAGUAGAUAUCACCCUUUGCAAUUACAGCAAUCGAACUGCAAUUCAUGUAGCUAAUAGCAGUAUCCAAAGACAACUCUUGGCAUUCAAUAGAAUCCAGGCUCCCCAAAUGCAACUUCUACGAAGUUCAUGGCAAGGUGAUCUUGAACAACUUCAGCAUUUACUGGCAUCUGAAGAGUUUCUGGAUAUAAAUUUCCCAAACCAACAUGGCUUGACCCCUCUGAUGCUGGCUGUGAGAGAUGUGGACCUGUUUGAGACUCUUGACAUGUACACAGUGUACAGACCUGUGGAAGUUCUGUCCGAGCUCCUAAGUCAUCAUGCAGAUCCUAAACUUUGUGAUUCUAGUGGAAAAUCAGCGAUACAUUAUGUGUCACAAAUAGAGAGUUCAAAGAAACAGCAGCUUUUGGACAUUUUAAUGAGUUCUAUGCCAAAACCAGAAAGACAUGCUGAGUCAUUGCUUGACAUUUGUCAUGAUACAAGCUCUUCUCCAACUGAUAGGAUGACAGUUACCAAAAAUCAAAACAUCACCUUGCAAAGCAUCAGCAGCAGUGAGGAGUUUGGCCAAGACAGUGACUGCAGUCAUUCUACACUGGUUAGCGAACAAGACCCCAGUGAUGGUAGACAGGACUGGCAACCCAGGACAGAAGGUGUUGAGACCACUGUGACUUUUCCAGGAGAUGUCAGUCCUCCCCAAGAAAUGAGCCAAGAAGACUUAAAAGAAAACAAUCAGAUAACCCCAUUUAGUCAAGAAUGGGCACAAGCACAUGCAGUUUCUCAUCCAAAUGAAAUCGAGACGGUGGACCCCAGGACAAAGACGCUGACCAUGCGGCCCUUACUUCUGCACAAAGAGGAGCUCUGCGAUGUGAACUUGGGCUUUUUGCCACUAAGAUCUUAUUUAGAACCAAACAUUUCCAAGUCUGUAACCAGAAAAGAUGCUCCUUAUUUUCUGAAGGAGCAGCAAAGAAAAUCUGAAGAGUUUUCGACCUCUGAUAUGAAGUACAGUGGCCGAAGCAUUGAGCUCCCUCUGCCACCACUGUCACUCUUGCCUACGCGAUCUGGUGUCCUUACUAUCCCCCAAAACCACAGGUUUCCAAAAGAGAAAGAAAGAAACAUUCCAAGCCUCACAUCUUUUGUGCCUAAACUCUCAGAGUCUGUUUGUCAAUCUGAUGACCUUAGCCCAUCAAACAAGCCUCCAGGAGCCCUAGUUAAGCUGUUAAUGGAUCCGACUCUCAGGUCUUCAGGUGGUUUCAUUUGGUCAAGAAAUAUGUGCUCUUUUCCGAAGGCUAACCAUCACAGACAAUGCCUGGAGAUGGAGGAGAACCGGAAAUCCAAGGAAAUAGGAGAAUGUAAUAAAAUCGAAAUCACCCACUUUGAAAAAGGGCAGUCUUUGGUGUCUUUUGAGAAUUUGAAGGAAGGCAACAUUCCUGAAGAUAGGGAAGAGGAUAUCAACUUCCAUGGUCGUAAAAUGAGAAAAGCUGAAGAAUACGACUCUCAAUAUCUUUCAUCAAGAAAGAAUGAGAGUUCAGUAGCCAAAAACUAUGAACAAGAUCCAGAAAUAGUAUGUACCAUUCCAAGCAAGUUCCAAGAAGCCCAGAAUUCAGAAAUAGCUCCAAGCCAGGAUGAAGCGAUGAGAAAUAAUAAAGCUGCUUCACAAAGAGCUUCAUUACAUAAAGAGGAAGCAAUUGAACCAAACAAUAUUUUAGAAGAGUUUACUGUACUUAAAAGCUUGUCCAGUGAAGUGUUUGAUGACCCCAUUGAUAAACUCCCAGAAGGUCAUAGCAGCAUGGAGACAAACAUAAGAAUAUCAACAGCAGAAGGAGCCAAACCAGAAAUGAAUGGGAUGGUGCCUCUUAUCCACAUCACCUUCCCUGUGGAUGGAAGCUCCGAGGAAUCAGCUAUAGCCAAACCAAGCCUCCAAAAGAGAAAGGGAACCAUUCAUAACAACCAUAGUGUCAACAUACUUGCACACCAAGAAAAUGACAAGUGUAAGAUGAAUUCCCAUAGGAGUAAGUUAGAUUCAAAGCCCAAGAAAAGUAAGAAGACAUCUCAGAAUUUCAUGAUUUCUACUGAAAGUACCACUAAGCCUACCAUGCAUAAAACAAGCAUAAAAACACAAAUUUCCCCUGCUUUGGGAUUUGUUGACCACAGGCCUUGGCAAUUGCCCAGGUUUCAAAAGAGAACACCACAGGUAGCAAAGAAGCAAUCAACUCACCAGACUCAGAAACCUAAAAAGCAAUCAUUUCCUUGUAUCUGUAAAAAUCCAGGAAUCCAAAAGUCAUGUGUUCAACCGACAGAGCCAAGACUAAAUUACCUAGAUCUUAAAUAUAGUGAUAUGUUCAAAGAGAUCAAUUCAACUGCUAAUGGACCUGGAAUCUAUGAAAUGUUUGGGACCCCUAUUUAUUGUCAUGUGCGAGAGGCUGAAAGGCAUGAAAACAAGUAUUACCGUGAAAUAUGUUCAGCUCCAUCAGCCAGAUGUAUCACCAAUAAAUGUCGAUCUUCACACAGUGAGAGGAGCAGCAAUAUCAGAACAAGACUUUCUCAGAAAAAACUGCAUAUGAAAACGCAGAAGACUUUAUUUGGCAUUAAACAGGAGCACAAAGUCUUAAUUUCUAAAGAAAAGAGUUGCAAAGCUGUAUGUAGCAACCUACAUGAUGUUGAAAAUGGUGAUGGUAUUUCAGAACCAUACUGGCAGAUAAAAUCUUCAGGAAAUGAGUUUCUAUCUUCCAGAGAUGAAAUUCAUUCCAUGAACUUGGCUCAGACACCUGAGCAGUUCAUGAAACAGAAUGAAUUCCCUCCUGUCUCAGAUUUAUUCAUUGUUGAAGAAGUUUCUACAGAAGAAUCUACUAAUAAUAGAGACAUUUCUGACAAUCAAAUACUCGCUACAGGCCUCAGAGAUCUGCGAGAACUUGAAGAGCUGCAUUACCAGAUCCCAUUUAUCCCUUCGGAAAACAGCUGGGCAGUGCCCAGUGAGAAGAGAUCUAACAAGUAUGUACAGCAAGAAAAGCAGGAUACAGCAUCUGUUAGUAAAGUAAAUGCCAGCCGCAUGUUAACUAAUGAUCUAGAGUUUGACAGCGUUUCAGAUCAGUGUAAAACACUUACGAAUUUCUCUUUUCAAGAAAAACAAGAAAGUGCAUCUUCCCAAACAUAUCAAUAUUUGGGACAUUAUUUGGAUCAUGUUAGUUUAGAAAAUAAGCCAAUCACAUAUCAAAUGUUUGGAAAAACUUUAAAUGGCACAAAUUCAAUUUCCCAAGAAAUUCUGGACUCUGUAAAUAAUGAAGAAUUAACAGAUGAACUAUUAGGUUGUCUAGCUGCAGAAUUAUUAGCUCUUGAUGAGAAAGAUAAUAACUCUUGCCAAAAAAUGGCAAGUGAAACAGAUCCUGAAAACCUAAAUCUUGUCCUCAGUAGGAGAGGAAGUACCCCAAAAGAAUUGGGCAGAGAGACAACAAAUGUCAAAAUACAGAGGCAUAGUAAUGGGUUAAGGAUACAAGACACGGAGGAGAAAUUUCUCAACUCAAAUGAAAAGACAUUUUCUGAAAACAAUUUCAAGUCUGAAGAACCUAUCCUAUGGACCAAGGGUGAGAUUCUUGGAAAGGGAGCCUACGGCACAGUAUACUGUGGUCUCACUAGCCAAGGACAGCUAAUAGCUGUAAAACAGGUGGCUUUGGAUACCUCUGAUAAAUUAGCUACUGAAAAGGAAUACCAGAAACUACAGGAAGAACUAGAUUUGCUCAAAGCACUGAAACAUGUCAACAUCGUGGCCUAUUUGGGGACAUGCUUGCAAGAGAAUACUGUGAGCAUUUUCAUGGAGUUUGUUCCUGGCGGCUCAAUCUCUAGCAUUAUAAACCGUUUUGGGCCAUUGCCUGAGAUGGUGUUCUGUAAAUAUACAAAACAAAUUCUGCAAGGUGUUGCUUAUCUCCAUGAGAACUGUGUGGUACAUCGUGAUAUCAAAGGAAAUAAUGUUAUGCUCAUGCCAACUGGAAUAAUAAAGCUGAUUGACUUUGGCUGCGCCAAGCGUUUGGCCUGGGCAGGUUUAAAUGGCACCCACAGUGACAUGCUGAAGUCCAUGCAUGGGACUCCAUAUUGGAUGGCCCCAGAAGUCAUCAAUGAGUCUGGCUAUGGAAGGAAAUCAGAUAUCUGGAGCAUUGGUUGUACUGUGUUUGAGAUGGCUACAGGGAAGCCUCCACUGGCUUCCAUGGACAGGAUGGCCGCCAUGUUUUACAUUGGAGCGCACCGAGGGUUGAUGCCUUCUUUACCAGACCACUUCUCAGAAAACGCAGCAGACUUUGUGCGCAUGUGUCUGACCAGGGACCAGCAUGAGCGACCUUCUGCCCUCCAGCUCCUGAAGCACUCCUUCUUGGAGAGGAGCCACUGAAUAUACAUCAAGACUUUCUUCCCAGUUCCACUGCAGAUGUUCCCUUAUUGCUUAAUUGGGGGGAAUGAUGGCUAAGGGAUCUUUGUUUCCCUACUGGAAAUUCAGUCUAACUCAGUUUAAACAGAUCCUAUGGUGUCACUAACUGAAAGUUUUAGUUAUAAAUUAGCCUCCUCAAGUGUUAGGCAUGAUUACUCACAGUAUCAGAAAACAUUUUCUUAAUAACAACAAAACACAUUUCAGUGUUUACAGUUUUGAUUGUCCAGGAACUACAUUCUCUGUUGCUUUGUAUGAUAUUUUCUUUUAUUUUUCACCUGUCCUGUCAAUUUUAAUGUUGUUAGUUUAAAAUAAAUUGUAAAAACCACUU